CCGGACAGUUCAAUCGUCAUAUCCGGUUUACGGUAGAACACGGAAGACGUUGGAGUAAAAUCUGUCUCGGAUAAUGUUUUGGCUUGGUUUACAUAUGUCCUAGGCAAAUUUAUCACUCGCGUUGCUAAAUUCUAAUAUUUAGCUGCUGCACUAUCCGAUCGUUAUAAGUGCCUGAAUUUUCGUUUAUCUAGGUAGCCAAAGAAAAUAUAUGCACAUAUUAGACCCGCAUUGGUAUUUAUUAGCUGCUUGCUCAGUUGCUGUACACCAUGAAUAGUCAUUGGAUGUUACUAGCUUUACUAGUUUAGUCAUUCAUUUGAAGGAAAUAUGUUUCGGGUUUCGGUGAGCUACGUUUUGCUGUGUGGACAGGUGCUCUUACUUCUGACAGUAUUGCUAUUGCAAUGUUUGGAAGGUAUCCAGUCUCAAAAUGCGUCCAUUACGCCUGAAAAUCGGUUGGUGACGAGUGCUAUCGAUGAGCCGCUUAACGGGACGCUUGCCGUAUCAGUAGGGAACGACUCCCUCGUGUAUAAUCCUCCGUCGCCAGUUGUUCUUUGUAGCUACUUACCAGAUGAGUUCGUAUACUGUCAGGAGCCUGUGGACCAUUUGGGCAACUCGACGGCAUUCCAGGGACUGGGUUACGGUUGUGUUAAGUUUGGAGGCCAGGCAUAUAGAGAUGUGAACCACACUCGAGUGAUUUGCUCCGCUCUGGAUGGUAUUGAGUGCGCUGGAUCUCGAGAGUUUUUGAGAGGGAAUGAGCCUUGCAUUAAGUACACAGGACACUACUUCAUCACCACGCUGUUGUACUCGUUCUUCCUCGGGUGUUUCGGCGUGGACCGCUUCUGCCUCGGCCACACUGGCACAGCUGUGGGCAAACUGCUAACCCUGGGAGGGCUGGGCAUCUGGUGGUUUGUGGAUUUAAUUCUGCUCAUCACUGGGGGACUAAUGCCCAGCGAUGGCAGCAACUGGUGCACUUUCUACUGAGAGACCGACCUGGAGAGAAGCUUGUCUCUUAGGUGCUCCAACAGAAUGCAGAAGCACACUCUUGUUUGAUGACUGGCUUUCCAGAGAAGCAGACCAUACAACUGAAAAAUGCAUGUCAUGUUUGUGCCAACCACACUGACCAAAGUAAAAGGGCUCACAAGGACGUCUGAACGCUCUGACGUGCACACUGGUUUUGAGAUGGUUUUUGCUAUUCUAAUUGUCUGUGUACUUUACCUUUUGGUGAUAUCAUCCUUAUCCCGGUUGUAUGGAAAAAUUUACUUGUACAUUUAAUUACAUAUUGUAUUUAUAAUUCUAUCGGUGUGUGUUCCAUAUUUGACAGCAGCAAGUAUCUUUUAAACCACCAAACAAAGAUGAGGAAAGGAAGCCGACGUCUUUGGUUAUUCUGUAAAUUUAAUGUGCAGUGAAUUGUAGUUUUCACAAUCAGCUUUUUGGGCUGUAAAUGUACUUAGAUAUUUGUUGGUCUGUAUCAUUUAAAAAUUCGAUUUAAUGAUCUAAAAGAAAUCUUAACCUCCAUGGUAGACACUGUACUUAAAUUCUGUCCUUUAAUUAGCUUUGAACUGUAAGAGGAAUAAAGGAAUAUUGUCCUAUAUAUACUGUCCCAAAGUCUACACAACAAAUUUCUUUUUGUAAGAUAUUUGUACAGUAAUCAUAUGCUAUAAAAUGCUCCUGACAUUAAUUAUAAACAUAUUAUAUACAAUGCAGUAAGGACACCCCCCCUGGAUUUGUGUAAAUUAUUUUUUUGGUAUACCACAGAAUUGCUUUUUAGAGCAAUAAAACUUUACCCAGCUGGUUUGAUUUGAAAAUGUAUUCUUUUGUUUUGGCUGAAUCGGAGUGUGUGUAAGGCCGCAUGGUAUGUGAAGCAGUGUUCUCUCUCUCUCUCUCUCUUUUUUUUAUAAGGUUUGUUUGAAAUGUGCUGCACUCGUUGGGCUUAUACAUUCACAUGUGACACUUGGUGUGAAUAAACAAAUAUAUGUAAAAAGUUCAA